AUGGCCGUCAAGCAGCAGAACAACACGCACCAGAAGCUGCUGCUCUUCGGAGCCGCCGCAGCCGUGCGCUUGCUUCUCUUCACAGUCUUUCCCGCACUACCAGACCUCCUCGCAGGACGUGUCGAGGUGUCGACACCAGUGACGAGCUUCAAGAGAUUGCAAGAGGGCGUCUUCCUCUACACCCAUAAUGUCUCCCCCUACGACGGCGGCGUAUACCACCAGGCACCCCUCCUGCUGCCUCUCUUCUCCCUCUUCCCGAGCCCGGCACAGGCCCCUCUGGCCACCAACAUCUUCUAUACUAUCGUCGACCUACUGAGCGCGAAUGCACUGGCUCAAGUGGCGGAGAGCGGCUUCGCAUCCGUCACGCGACUGUUCGCCUCGCCGCGGAAGGACUUGAAAUGGAGCAGUACGGCCAUCGCAGCAGGCUUCCUCUUCAACCCCUUCACCGUCCUGACAUGCAUCGCACGCUCUACCUCGGCCCUGACGAACCUCUUCAUCCUCACAGCCAUGGCCAAGGCCUCCCAAGGCGCCAGCUUCACCUUCAUUCUAUCCACGGCUUUUGCUUCUUACUUUUCGAUGCACCCGAUACUCCUCUUCCCUCCGCUGAUGGUCCUCCUUUAUGAUGCAAAGACACUAAAGUCCAAGACUGCGCCAAAUGUCACAUCCUUCAUCACAACCCAUACUCUUGGCUUUGCAGGCGCAAUAGGCGCCCUGCUCACAGGCUCCGCAUUAUUGAUGGAUUCAUGGGACUUCCUGUCGGCCACAUACGGUGUGCGUCUUCUCCUGCCAGAUCUCACACCCAACGUCGGACUCUGGUGGUACUUCUUCAUUGAGAUGUUCGAUUCCUUCCGCGAGUUCUUCCUUGGCGUCUUUUGGCUCCAUGCGGCGUCGUAUAUGCCUGGCCUGACGAUCCGUCUUCACAAGCAGCCAUUGUUCGUAGCAUGCUGUUUGACAGGCGUUUUUGCCAUCUUCACUCCAUACCCGAGCAUAGCGGAUGCUGCGCUCUACCUUUCUUUGGUGCCCAUGUUCCGCCAUCUAUUUCCUCUCAUGCGUUAUACCUUUUUGGCAUCAGCGAGCAUCCUGUAUACGUCAUUCUUGGGCCCCGCCUUCUACCACCUGUGGAUCUAUGCUGGAUCGGGAAACGCCAAUUUCUUCUAUGCUAUUACACUCGUCUGGAGUUUGGGAUUAUCCAUCAUCUUGGGCGACUCGCUCUAUGCGGCACUGAGGGACGAGCUGGACGUGGAGAGACCCGAAUUGCAGGCUUUGGCUCCAACGCACUUCCAAACACUUAACAUACAUCAUAUCUACAAGAUCAACAUGGCUGGUAAUAAAGAGGUCAGCUUCUCACCUCGUGAGAUGGAGGUCCUCGCCCUCGCCUGGCAGUGUAUGGAGACGCAGCCCAAGAUCGACAUGCACAAACUGGCUUCCCUCACCGGUUACACCGUCGGCUCCGCCGGCGUAACAUUCGGCAAGAUCAAGACCAAGAUCAAGCUCCUCGGCGAGUCUCUCUCUACAGACGGUCCUACCACCCCCAAGAAAGCCGGAGGUCCGGGUCGCAGCAAAGCUACAUCUACUCCAACUUCUACUCCUAAGAAGCGUGGUCCCCCUACCUCUUCCAGCACACCCGCCAAGCGUGCCCGAAAGGGCGCCCGUCAGCCAACUUCAUCGCCAUCCGAGGACGUUUCGGCAGCCGAUGACGACGGUGACGAUGAUGAAGACUUUGGUGGUCUGGUAGACAAGAAGGUCAAGAUCAAGAAGGAGGAACCGGGCUUCGAGGAAGGUUCUGGUUUCCUUGAGAACGGUAGUGGUAGCGCAAGCUACGGUUUCCUCGACGGCAUUGAGAACUUUGGUGGUGGUGUUGGUGGAGGUAGGAAUGCAGCUACUGGAUACAGGAAGUCAGUUGCUUAA